UGAAAUCCUCGUGAUGGAUGUUGAUUGUGUUGUGACUCCAGUAACUCCAGUACAGCAGGGGGCGCUAUGAAGCUCUUUAGUCCGCCGGUAAACUCACUAAACAAAGACAGAAGAACUCACAGUUUGUUUAGAUGUUCAGCUGCUGUGUGUUUGUUUAUGUCUUUCAUGUUGUGAUAUUUAUGUGAUCUUGAGAUGUUGAAGAUGAGUUUGCAGGUGGAUCUGAUGUGCUGUAAAUCAGUAGGAACUGAUCUGUCCAUGCUGGAUAUUGAUGAUUUCAUGACAGAAAUCUCUCAGCUGAAGAAAGAGGUGGCGUUACUGGAGGCAAAGCUGAGGGAAAGAGGAGAUCCACUGAACGGAGAGGAGCUGGAGAAGGUUUCCUGUCAAUCUUCAGUGUGUGUGACUGAUGGGACCUCCACAGAAUGUCAGGAUUCAGUGUGGAGCGUCAGAGAUCAGAGAUCCAGAGACACACAGGACUCAGAGCUCAGCCUCACUUUACUCUGUUAUACUGACGCUCAGGAGAGUGUGUGUGACAGUAAUCAGGGUGAUCAAACCUCCACAGAGUCUCUGGCUUCUGUCUGUAACGCUGGAGAACAGCAGAUGCUGCAGAUACCAUUGAAGAUGUGUUCAGUGAAGCUGCUGGACUGCAGGAACCUGAUGGAGAUGAGAGGAGAAACCACAGCAGAGGAACAGCAGAGUGAUGAAGAUGAUUUUAUUCAACAUGAUAAAGAUGAAGAUGAUAAUGAUUUUCUUCCUUCAGAUGCAAUCAGUGGUUCAUCCUCCGAUGGAGAAACGGCUUCUACACCGAAAGAUCAGCUGUCAGUUGCACAGAGUCUUUCCUGCAUCACCUGUGAGAAGACAUUCACCUCAAAGGGAUUUUUAGCAAGACAUGAGAGAAGACACACAGAGCAGAAAUUCUUUAAAUGUAGGAGAUGUGGGAGCAGAUUUUCUACCGCAGAAGAGAAGAAACUGCAUUCAAGAGUGCACAGCACAAAGGAGUUCCACUGUGAGCAGUGCGGGAAGGUUUUCUUUGUUCCUUCUCUUCUAAAAGUUCACAUGAAGAGACACAGUGAUGAAAAGCCUUUCCACUGCAGUGAGUGUGACAAGUGUUUCAAAACUAAAGGAAACCUUGUUUCUCAUGAGAGAACACACACGGGAGAGAAACCGUACAAGUGUCCUCACUGUGAGAAGAGAUUCGGCCACAAGCCCCAUCUGAAGAUACAUGUCCGUGUGCACACCAAUGAGAGGCCGUAUCAGUGCAGUGAAUGUGGGAAAACCUUUGCAGUCUCAUAUAGUCUAAAGUCACAUCAGAAAAUACACUCUGAGGAGAAACCCUAUCAAUGCUCACACUGUGAUAAAUGUUUCCGUCAGAAAUCUCAGGUGAGACUCCAUGAGAGAAUGCACACUGGAGAGAAACCUUACCUCUGCUCUCAUUGUGGAAAGAGCUUUUCUGGUCCAAGUCAUCUCCAACUACAUCUGAGAGUCCAUACGGGAGAAAAGCCUUAUUACUGCAGUGUUUGUGGGAAGAGUUUCAGUAAAUAUGGUGGCUUAGUAAAUCACCAGAGAACACACACUGGAGAAAGACCUUAUUCCUGUAUUGUUUGUGGUACGGCUUUCCGUCAACACAGUAAUUUAGUUCAGCACCAGAGAACACACAAUGGAGAAAGACCUUACAAAUGCACUCAGUGUGACAAAACGUUUGCUCGACCAGAUGUCCUGAAAACCCAUCUGAGAAUGCAUACAGGAGAGAAACCUUACAGCUGCUCUAUCUGCGGGGAGGGAUUCGCUUAUUUAGGAAGUUUUAAUUCUCAUCAGAAGAAACACGCUAAAGAGCAAACUGCCCUGGAAUCUUUAUAGCAUCGAAAACAAUCGAAGGUUUUUGAGGAACAUAAACGAGUCCCUCUCGAUUUGUCCAGAGUGAAACAUUUUGGGGUUACAGAAUAAACUUUCGGAAUCAGAACAAAUCAGGCUUUUCUUUUUUUAGUUGGUGCAUACUGUAUGCACGAUUUUGCAUUUUUCAUUUGGAACUGGAUUGGGUGACAUCAAGUACAUCUACAAUGACAUAUAUUAGACGUAAAAGUGUGAAUUUCUCAUGAAGGGUUUGAUUUUAUAUCCCUACCCUUUUUGUUUUAUUUUGCGUAUACUAUAGUUGAAGUCAGAAGUUUUCAUACACUAAGGUUGAAGUCAUUAAAACUAAUUUUGAACCACUCCACAGAUUUAAUAUUAGCAACUAUAGUUUUGGCGAGUCGUUUAGGACAUUUACUUUGUGCAUGACACGAGUUUGCUGUUUGCUUCACAUCACGAGAAAAUCUAAAGAAAUUAGCCAAGACCUCAGACUAAACAUUGUGGACUUCCACAAGUCUGGAUCAUCCUUGGGAGCAAUUUCCAAACACCUGAAGGUACCACGUUCAUCUGUACAAACAAUAGUACACAAGUAUAUACACCAUGUGACCACACAGUCAUCACACCGCUCAGGAAGGAGACGCAUUCUGUCUCCUAGAGAUGAACGUAGUUUGUGUGAAAAGUGCAAAAUCAAUCCCAGAACAACAGCAAAGGACCUUGUGAAGAUGCUGGAGGAAACAGGUGGACGAGUAUCUAGAUCCACAGCAAAACCAGUCCUAUAUGGACAUCACCUGAAAGGUGCUCAGCAAGGAAGAAGCCGCUGCUCCAAAACCACCAUAAUAAAACCAGACUACAGUUUGCAAGUGCACAUGGGGACAAAGAUCUUACUUUAGGAGAAAUGUCCUCUGGUCUGAUGAAACACAUAUUGAACUGUUUGGCCAUAAUGACCAUCGUUAUGUUUGGAGGGAAAAGAGUGAUGAACCAACCGUGAAGCAUGGGGGUGCAGCAUCAUGUUGUGGGGGUGCUGCAGGAGGGACCGGUGCUCUUCACAAAAUAGAUGAUGACAUCAUGAGGAAGGAACAUUAUGAAGAUACAUUGAAGCAACAUCUCAAGACAUCAGACAGGAAGUUAAAGCUCGGUCACAAAUGGGUCUUCCAAAUGGACAAUGACCCCAAGCACACCUCCAAAGUUGUGGCAAAAUGGCUUAAGGACAACAAAGUCAAGAUAUUUGAGUGGCAUCACAAAGUCCUGACGUCAAUCUGAUAGUACAUUUGUGGGCAGAACUGAUAAAGCAUGUGUGAGCAAUGAGGCCUACAAACCUGACUCAGUUACACCAGUUCUGUCCGGAGGAAUGGGACAAAAUUCCAGCAACUUAUUGUGAGAAGCUUCUGGAAGGAAACCCAAAAUGUUUGACCCAAGUUAAACAAUUUAAAGGCAAUGCUGCCAAAUACUAACAAAGUGUCUGUAAACUUCUGACCCACUGGGAAUCUGAUGAAAGAAAUAAAAGCUGAAAGAAAUAAUUCUCUCGACUAUUAUUCUGACAUUUCACAUUCUUAAAAUAAAGUAAUGAUCCGAACUGACCAAAGACAGGGAAUGUUUUCAAUGAUUAAACGUCAGGAAUUGUGAACAAUGGUCUUUAUACUUUAAUGAAUUAUUAUCAUUAGAAAUGUGUAAGAUUUAUUCUUUCAAAUCGAUCAUUUUUAUUUCAUAAUUAGUUAUAUGAUCGGCGUCGACUUCACAGCGAUGAUGAAAUCUUGUAUGGAAGCUGUGAGUGACAGUGUAAAGGCCGAAACAUACUUCAUGCAAGUAUGAAGUACAUACUUCAGUGCUUGUCUCUUUCUUCUGUGCUUUCUAUGAUUAAACGUCAGGAAUUGGGAAAAACUGUAAAUGUAUUUGGCUAAGGUGUAUGUAAACUUCUGACUUAGAUCAUAAAUGCCUUUUUAUAAAACAUCCAAACAAGCAGUGCAAGACAUUAUGUCUGUGUGUGUCCUGUGUUCUUUGUGUCAUGCUUGGGUUAUAAUGUUCAGAGACUAGAUUAGUAUCGUAGAAAUAUCCCUGAUGCAUCCUUAAUUCCUUUAAUUUACUCUUUAUUGUGUAAUAUUUUAAAAGAUAGAAAGAUUCUUUGAUUUUUGAUCUGAUACUAUUUUUGUUUUCUUUAAUAUAUUUUCUUUUAUGGUUCGUAAAGGCAACCAUUGAUAUACAGAACAAUUUCACUAUUCAUUUAGUUUAUUUGGCAACUUUUGUGUAGUUUAAAUAUUCCUUCGAGUUGUUUUUGUAUUGGACUUUGGUUCUUCUGCUUCUGUUUUCAAAUGGUGAGACCUGCAUUCCAACCAAUGGCACGGAAAGGUUGCAGCGAUGAUCAUAACAAGCUACCCUGUCUCAAUUAUCUGGUUGUAGACGUGUAUAGCACAAUUUUAACAUGCGACUCUAACAUAGCUAAAUAUUUGGGAUUUCGGAAAGCGAAGUGUUCACAACAAACAGCUAACCUCCUGCAUAUAAGUCUGCUCGACCCAUGAGGAGAACACGGUAAAUAUUAUGACUAAUUAUCCUGACUUUUGAGUAGUUGUGAUUACCCAUAUUGAGGACCAAGCUGUCACCCCUUACAUGUUUCCAAGUCUUCACUAUAUUAUGAGAUAUGCUGUAUAAUUUAUAGUUUGAUCCAUAUAGUUUAUUUUUAUUUAGGCCUUACAUUGUGACAUGUUCGGUUUCAUAUCUCUGAUAGCACAUGUAGAUCAGCCAGAUAUCUAUUAUUUGUGUGUGUGUGUGUGUGUGUGUGUGCUAGAUAUAUUUUUUAGGUUGUUUGCUCAUCUGCAAUGCUUGUUUAAGACUUUCAGCAAAUUAUUUGAAAACCCCUUGAAUG